UUUCACUGCACAACAAGAUGGCGGCGGCGGCAGCAGCGGCGGCGAGCGGAGCUGGCGGUGCUGCCGGGACCGGAGCGGGAGGAGCGGGGCCGGCGGGCCGCCUGCUGCCUCCUACUGCCCCGGGACCCUCGGCUGCCCCCGUUACUGUGGCCCCAGCGGCUAGCUCGCCGCGUCCCCCAGCCCCGGCCUCCCGCGGGCCGGUGCCUGCCCGCAUCGGCUACUACGAGAUUGACCGCACCAUCGGCAAGGGCAACUUCGCUGUGGUCAAGCGGGCCACGCACCUCGUCACCAAGGCCAAGGUUGCUAUCAAGAUCAUAGACAAGACCCAGCUAGAUGAAGAAAACUUGAAGAAGAUUUUCCGAGAAGUUCAAAUUAUGAAGAUGCUUUGCCACCCCCAUAUCAUCAGGCUUUACCAGGUUAUGGAGACAGAACGGAUGAUUUAUCUGGUGACAGAAUAUGCUAGCGGAGGGGAAAUAUUUGACCACCUGGUGGCUCAUGGCAGAAUGGCAGAAAAGGAGGCCCGUCGGAAGUUCAAACAGAUUGUUGCAGCUGUCUUUUUUUGUCACUGUCGGAACAUUGUUCACCGUGACCUAAAAGCUGAAAAUUUGCUUCUGGAUGCCAAUCUGAAUAUCAAAAUAGCAGAUUUUGGCUUCAGCAACCAUUUCACCCCUGGGCAGCUGCUGAAGACAUGGUGUGGCAGUCCUCCCUAUGCUGCCCCUGAGCUAUUUGAAGGAAAGGAGUAUGAUGGGCCCAAAGUGGAUAUCUGGAGCCUUGGAGUCGUCCUCUAUGUGCUUGUGUGUGGUGCCCUGCCAUUUGAUGGGAGCACACUGCAGAAUCUGCGGGCACGGGUGUUGAGUGGAAAGUUCCGCAUCCCAUUUUUUAUGUCCACAGAAUGUGAGCACUUGAUCCGUCACAUGCUGGUGUUGGACCCAAGUAAGCGCCUCUCCAUGGAGCAGAUCUGCAAGCACAAGUGGAUGAAGCUGGGGGACACCGAUCCCAACUUUGACAGGCUAAUAGCAGAAUGCCAACAGCUAAAGGAAGAAAGACAGACAGAUUCUUUGAAUGAGGAUGUCCUCUUGGCCAUGGAAGACAUGGGACUGGACAAAGAGCGGACACUACAGUCAUUAAGAUCAGAUGCCUAUGAUCACUAUAGUGCUAUCUACAGUCUACUGUGUGAUCGACAUAAGAGACAUAAAACCCUGCGUGUCGGAGCACCUCCUAGCAUGCCUCGAGCCAUGGCGUUUCAAGCACCAGUCAAUAUCCAGACAGAACAGGCUGGUACCACCAUGAACAUAAGUGUUCCACAGGUGCAGCUGAUCAACCCAGAGAAUCAAAUUGUGGAGCCGGAUGGGACAGUGAACUUGGACAGUGAUGAAGGCGAAGAGCCUUCUCCUGAAGCAUUGGUUCGCUAUUUGUCGAUGAGGAGGCACACAGUGGGUGUGGCUGAUCCACGCACGGAAGUUAUGGAUGAUCUGCAGAAGCUCCUCCCUGGCUUUCCGGGAGUCAACCCACAGGCUCCUUUCCUACAGGUGGCCCCUAACAUGAGCUUCAUGCACAACCUGUUGCCCAUGCAAAAUUUGCAACCAACUGGGCAGCUUGAGUACAAGGAGCAGUCCCUGUUGCAGCCGCCCCCACUACAGCUGCUAAAUGGAAUGGGCCCCCUUGGCCGGAGGGCAUCAGACGGAGGAGCCAACAUCCAGCUCCAUGCCCAGCAGCUACUGAAGCGCCCCCGGGGACCCUCCCCACUCGUCACCAUGACACCAGCAGUGCCAGCAGUUACCCCUGUGGACGAGGAGAGCUCAGAUGGGGAGCCUGAUCAGGAAGCUGUGCAGAGGUACUUGGCAAAUAGGUCCAAAAGACAUACACUGGCCAUGACCAACCCUACAGCCGAGAUCCCACCGGACCUACAACGGCAGCUAGGACAGCAGCCUUUCCGUUCCCGGGUCUGGCCCCCUCACCUGGUACCUGAUCAGCAUCGCUCUACGUACAAGGACUCCAAUACCCUGCACCUCCCUACAGAGCGUUUCUCCCCUGUGCGCCGGUUCUCAGAUGGAGCUGCAAGCAUCCAAGCCUUCAAAGCUCACCUGGAAAGACUGGGCAACAACAGCAGCAUCAAACAGUUGCAGCAGGAGUGUGAGCAACUGCAGAAGAUGUAUGGGGGGCAGAUUGAUGAAAGAACCCUGGAGAAGACUCAGCAACAGCAUAUGUUAUACCAGCAGGAGCAACACCAUCAAAUUCUCCAACAACAGAUUCAAGAUUCUAUCUGUCCUCCUCAGCCUUCUCCACCUCUUCAAGCUACAUGUGAAAAUCAGCCAGCCCUCCUCACCCACCAGCUCCAGAGGUUAAGGAUUCAGCCAUCAAGCCCACCCCCCAAUCACCCCAACAAUCAUCUCUUCAGACAACCCAGUAAUAGUCCUCCCCCCAUGAACAGUGCCAUGAUCCAGUCUCAUGGUGCUGCAUCUCCCUCCCAGUUUCAAGGCUUAGCCUCCUGCAGUGCAAUCUUCCAGCAGCCACCUGAGAACUGUUCUCCUCCUCCCAAUGUGGCACUCACCUGCUUGGGCAUACAGCAGCCUGCCCAGUCCCAGCAGGUGACCAUCCAAGUACAGGAACCUGUUGACAUGCUUAACAACAUGCCAGGGACAACUGCAGGCUCUGCUGGGCGGGGCGUCUCCAUUAGCCCCAGUGCCAGUCAGAUUCAGAUGCAGCAUCGUGCCAACCUGAUGGCUACCUUCAGUUAUGGCCACCGGCCCUUGUCCAAGCAGCUGAGUGCUGACAGUGCAGAGGCCCACAGCUUGAACGUGAAUCGGUUCUCCCCUGCUAACUACGACCAGGCGCAUUUACACCCCUACCUGUUUUCGGACCAGUCCCGGGGUUCCCCCAGCAGCUACAGCCCUUCAACAGGAGUGGGGUUCCCUACAACCCAAGCCCUGAAAGUCCCUCCACUUGACCAAUUCCCCACCUUCCCUCCCAGUGCACAUCAGCAGCCACCUCAUUAUACCACGUCAGCACUGCAGCAGGCCCUGCUGUCCCCCACGCCGCCAGACUAUACAAGACACCAGCAGGUACCCCACAUUCUCCAAGGACUGCUUUCUCCCCGGCAUUCGCUCACCGGCCACUCGGACAUUCGGCUGCCCCCAGCAGAGUUUGCACAGCUCAUUAAAAGGCAACAGCAACAGCGACAACAACAGCAGCAUCAAGAAUACCAAGAACUGUUUAGGCAUAUGAACCAGGGGGAUGCUGGGAGUCUGGCUCCCAAUCUUGGGGGACAGAGUAUGACAGAGCACCAGGCUUUACCAUAUCAGAAUACUGACUCAUAUCACCACCACCACACCAGCCCUCAGCACCUUCUACAAAUCAGAGCACAAGAAUGUAUCUCACAGGUUUCCUCACCCAGCCCGACCCAUGGUUAUGCUCACCAGCCGGUACUCAUGCCUUCAGAGAGCAUGGAAGAGGAAUGCUCAUGCGAGGGGGCCAAGGAUGGCUUUCCAGACAGGAAGAGUUCAAAUGCAUUGACCAAAGGUUGCCAUGACAGCCCCCUACUCCUGAGUACUGGCAGACCUGGGGACCCUGAAUCUUUACUAGGAACUGUGAGUCAUGCACAGGAAUUGGGGAUACAUCCAUACCGACAUCAGCCAACUGCUGCACUCAAUAGAAAUAAGGUGUCCAGCCGAGAAUCUGUCAUAGGGAACUGCAUGGACAGAAGUUCUCCAGGACAAGCAAUGGAGCUGCCAGAUCAUAAUGGACUUGGGUACUCAGCACGCCCCUCAGUCAGUGAGCACCACAGGCCUCGGACCCUCCAGAGACACCAUACAAUCCAGAACAGUGAUGAUGCUUAUGUGCAGCUGGAUAACUUGCCAGGAAUGAGUCUCGUGGCUGGGAAAGCACUUAGUUCUGCCCGGAUGUCAGAUGCUGUCCUUAGUCAGUCCUCACUUAUGGGGAGCCAGCAGUUUCAGGAUGGGGAAAAUGAGGAAUGCAGGGAGAGUCUAGGAGAUCAUGAGCACCUAGACCUGACUGAUGGUAGCCAGCAUUUGAACUCCUCCUGCUACCCAUCAACAUGUAUAACAGACAUACUGCUCAGCUAUAAGCACCCUGAGGUCUCCUUCAGCAUGGAGCAGGCAGGAGUGUAACAGAAACCAAGAGUUUGUGUACAGCUGGGGAAUAAAAUAAUGGACUUUAAACCAACAGUAUCUAGCAGCAUUGCACCAAAUUGCCAUUGUGUUUCUCUCCACCCAUAAUGUUGUGGCUCCUUUCCUCACAUUUAGUUUAUCAGUGUGCUGUUUUUCACAGUUUUGAGGGGGGGGUUGCCAUGUUUGCUUCUAUGACCAAGUCACCAAGGAAAUAAACAGGAAAUCCACGUUCGCCA